AUGGACAAAUUCUUAAGGAGUAAUACGGGCAGUUCACGAACCUCAGAUGAGUGGGCGAUAGUAGCUGUGGAGGAACAAACUAAUGUGAAUGAUGAUGACCAGUGCCCUAACCCUACGGAAGAUAAUGUUGACAUCAACGAGGAUGAUAACAAUGUAAGUGGUCAUGACAACAUAUUUAAUUCAUCUGCUACAGAAUCUGCUAGUGUUGAUGAGCAGCCGGUUUUUACUACGGAUAUUUAUGAUCCAAGAAAUUGGGAUAAUCUUGAUAACAAAGCUAGGGACAUAUUAGUGGAGAAGGGGCCUAUAAGAGAAGAAAAUAUUGUAUUUCCUUUAGAUGACAACUCAAGACAUUUUUGGUAUGCUCAUUUCUCUAGAAAAAUGAGCAAUGGGGAGGUUCAUGAUAGAAAAUGGUUAGUGUAUUCGAAGCACGUUGAUAGAGUAUUUUGCUUUUGUUGUAAGAUUUUCAAUUCUAGAAAUUGCAAGAGUUCAUUGGGGCGUGAUGGAUUUAGAGAUUGGAGGCAUAUUAGUGAGAGGCUAAAAGAACAUGAAGUUAGUGUUGAGCAUAUUACCAACAUGACCUCUUGGAAUGAACUGAGAGCUAGAUUGAGGAAAAGUGAAACAAUUGACAAAGAUUUACAACAGCAAAUCACAAAGGAGAAAGAACGUAUAAGACAAGUUUUACUAAGAAUAAUUGCCAUUGUCAAAUUUCUUGGUAAACGUAAUUUGGCUUUUAGAGGAUCCAAUGAGCAACUCUAUAAUGAUCAUAAUGGGCUUUUCAAUGUAUUGAUUGAUUCUAUCAAGUCUUUUGGUCUUAAUAUUGAUGAUAUUAGGGGUCAAGGUUAUGAUAAUGGCUCUAACAUGAAAGAAAAACACAAGGAGGUGCAAAGACGAUUGCUUGAUAUUAAUCGAAGAGCUUUGUAUAUGCCAUGUGCUUGCCACAGUCUUAAUCUUACUCUUUGUGACAUGGCUAAAUCAUGUGCUAAAGCUAUUUCAUUUUUUGGAAUUGUGCAAUGGAUAUAUGUAUUGUUUUCUGGUUCUACCAAAAGAUGGAAAGUUUUGCUCGAACAUAUUCCAAGUUUAACUGUGAAAUCGUUGUGCAAUACUCGUUGGGAGAGUCGAAUCAAAAGUGUAAAACCAAUUAGGUAUCAAGCUCCUGAGCUAAGGUCAGCUUUGUUAAGUUUAAGGGAAGCUGAUGAUACUGAUCCCAAGGAUAAGAGUGAUGCAAAAAAAUUAUUUGAAGUGCUUGGCAGCUUUGAAUUUAUACUUGGUAUGGUUAUUUGGCAUGACAUUUUAUUUGCUGUUAACACUGUGAGUAAGAAGUUGCAAUCACCGUCCAUGUGCAUUGAGUCUACCUUACAGCAAAUUGAAGGCAUAAUGAAUUACUUUCACAGCUAUAGAAAUGAAGGAUUUGCUUCUAGUCUGAUCAUAGCCAAAGAUAUUGCAUCUGAAAUGGGUGUAGAGGCAUCAUUUCCAGUAAAGCGUCGUUCUAUUAGGAAGAAACAGUUUGAUGAAACUGAUUAUAAUGAAGCAAAUUUGCAAGCUGAGAGGGCUUUUGAAGUUGAUUACUUUUUUGUUAUGGUUGAUAUGGCAAUCACUUCAUUGAAAACUAGAUUUGAAGAACUCCAAGAAUUCAAAAGUAUAUUUGGGUUUUUAAUGAGUUCAACAAUCUUGAAGUCAUUGGAUGGUAUUGAACUAAAAGACCGUUGCACUAAAUUUGCAGAAACUUUCUCUCUAAAGGGUUCAUCUGAUGUUGAGUUAAAUGAUCUAAUUUUUGAGUUAAGUGUUAUGCAGUUGACUUUACCAGAUAGACCAAUGUCUGCCAUGGAGAUUUUUGAGUUUGUCAGAAAUGCAGAUUGUUAUCCUAAUAUUUCUGUUGCUUAUCGGAUCUUAUUUACUGUACCAGUGACUGUGGCAUCUGCUGAAAGAAGCUUUUCAAAGUUGAAAUUAUUGAAGAACCAUUUGAGGUCUACAAUGUCACAUGAAAGAUUAAAUGGUCUGGCAACUUUAUGCAUUGAGAAGAAAUUAUUGGAUGAGAUUGAUAUUGAUACAAUCAUCAAUGACUUCGCAUCUAGAAAUAUCCGAAGAAAUUUUUAA